AAGGAAACCUGCCAAACAGUGAACCAAACAUACCAGUAACCAGAACGGGCGACUCGAUACACAUGGCAGCAGUGUCCCCGGGCGUCUUAACAAUAAACUGCGGAUAGAAAGAGGGUCGAUUCUCGCCGGCUUUGCCAAGCUGCGGAUUCCGCACCUCGCCGCCGGGGACUCUCUCAGGAAGAGGGGCGCGGGAGAUCCGUGAGAAGGGGCAGCGAGCAGCCUGAUUGACAGCCAGAAAUCUGAUCUUGUGAAAGAGACGCGGAGCCAAUGGGAGGCAGCGAUCCAUCAGUUUGGAUUGGAGGCCCCUGGAGGAGAAGUAGAGGAAAAACCACCGAAUUGAGCUCUGUCAGAGGCGCUUUCAGCUUCCAAGGGGGAAGUGCUGGGUAAUAAUUAAUGUUUUUACCAAAUUUGGAGGGAAUUUUUUGCAGCAGUUCGCCUACCGUGGCCUUCAGGUUGAUAGAAGUCCAGAUCCCGAGGAAAUCUCCAGCUAAAUGCUCAAAAUAUAAAAUAUUGAGCUGAGAUUUGCGAAGAGCAGUAGAAUGGAUGGAUUUUAUGACCAGCAAGUGCCUUACAUGGUCACCAAUAGUCAGCGUGGGAGACAUUGUAACGAGAAACCAACAAAUGUCAGGAAAAGAAAAUUCAUUAACAGAGAUCUGGCUCAUGAUUCAGAAGAACUCUUUCAAGAUCUAAGUCAAUUACAAGAAACAUGGCUUGCAGAAGCUCAGGUACCUGACAAUGAUGAGCAGUUUGUGCCAGACUAUCAGGCUGAAAGUUUGGCUUUUCAUGGCCUACCACUGAAAAUCAAGAAAGAACCCCACAGUCCGUGUUCAGAACUUGGCUCUGCCUGCAGUCAAGAACAACCCUUUAAAUUCAGCUAUGGAGAAAAGUGCCUGUACAAUGUCAGUGCCUAUGAUCAGAAGCCACAAGUGGGAAUGAGGCCCUCCAAUCCCCCAACACCAUCCAGCACUCCAGUGUCCCCACUGCAUCAUGCAUCUCCAAAUUCAACUCACACUCCGAAACCUGACCGGGCCUUCCCAGCUCACCUUCCUCCAUCACAAUCCAUACAAGACAGCAGCUACCCCAUGGACCACAGAUUUCGCCGCCAGCUUUCUGAACCCUGUAAUUCCUUUCCUCCUUUGCCGACCAUGCCAAGGGAAGGACGUCCUAUGUACCAACGUCAGAUGUCUGAGCCAAACAUCCCCUUCCCACCUCAAGGCUUUAAGCAGGAGUACCAUGACCCAGUGUAUGAACACAACACCAUGGUUGGUGGUGCGGCCAGCCAAAGCUUCCCCCCUCCUCUGAUGAUUAAACAGGAACCCAGAGAUUUUGCGUAUGAUUCAGGUUGUAUGUUUGAAAAGGGCCCCAGGCAAUUUUAUGAUGACACCUGCGUUGUCCCAGAGAAAUUUGACGGGGACAUCAAACAAGAGCCAGGAAUGUAUCGGGAAGGACCCACAUACCAGCGACGGGGAUCACUUCAGCUCUGGCAGUUUUUGGUAGCCCUUCUGGAUGAUCCUUCAAAUUCCCACUUCAUUGCCUGGACUGGUCGAGGCAUGGAAUUUAAACUGAUUGAGCCUGAAGAGGUGGCCCGGCGAUGGGGCAUUCAGAAAAAUAGGCCAGCUAUGAACUAUGAUAAACUUAGCCGUUCACUCCGCUAUUAUUAUGAGAAGGGAAUCAUGCAAAAGGUGGCUGGAGAGAGAUAUGUCUACAAAUUUGUGUGUGAUCCAGAAGCCCUUUUCUCCAUGGCCUUUCCAGAUAACCAGCGCCCUCUGCUCAAGACAGACAUGGAGCGUCACAUCAAUGAAGAGGACACGGUGCCUCUGUCCCACUUUGAUGAGAGCAUGGCCUACAUGCCAGAAGGUGGCUGCUGCAAUCCCCAUCCCUACAAUGAAGGCUAUGUGUAUUAACACAUGUGACAGUCGAGCAGGGCGUCCUUGCGCUUUUCCUCUCUUUGCAAGAUGCAGAGAAUCGCUGAAUUCUCUUCAAUCUCUGUUUUAUUUUUUUUGUUGUUUGUAUUUUAUUUUUAAAUAUUAAUACAAAAAAGGGGGCUUUUCCUGUUGCAUUAUUCUAUGGUCUGCCAUGGACUGCGCACUUUAUUUGAGGGUGGGUGGGAAUAAUCUAAACAUUUAUUCUAUGUAACAGGAAGAUAAUGGGUUAAUGGGUGGGAGUUUGGGGAUUACUUUUUACUUAGGCUUGGGAUGGGGUAUACUACAGGUUUUAAGUAUAAUGAAGAUAUAUCAUGUCUGUUUGAUUUCAUAACAACAUAAGAUAAUGUUCAUUUUCUCUGGAUAUCUAUGGUAUAGUUAAUUCACAUUGUGUAAAUAUCCACUUGGAGACUAUUUACCGAGUGAUAUGCCGUGGACAUCCCCCCUCCCAUUAUUGCAGGUGUACAAGAGAAACAUCUACUGUAAAUGACAGUUCAAUUGUUAAAAAUGACUGUUUUUGCACCUCUUGUAAAAAGGUAUUUAGAGAUUGCAUUUGCCGUUUUUCUGUUUUGUUUUCUUUUGCUUUAUAGAUGACACUCAGAGGAAAACCAUACAAUGGGUAAUUCUCUCUGAAGUUUGGUAAUCACCGGGAAUGCAAAUGAGGGGCACAAUUUUGGACUCUGGCUCCAAACUGAGUCCCAGGCCAGUAACAUUACAUGUAUCUGGUGCCACCUUGCCAUUUAAAUACAAAUCAUACUGUCUUUUAAAUAGUGUGAAGCCUAUUUCAGUUAAAUAAUGACAUGUCAUGGUCCUUUGGGGUCUCAUUUAAAUGUAAAAUCUGGGAUUACAAUGAAGCAAAAAAAAAAAAAAAAAAGACCUGUCUCCUUUUACUUCCUUCAGUACGUAAAUACAUUAUUUAAUCAGUAAGAAUUAACUGUACUAAAUCACAUAUUAUGCUGUUGUAGAUACAGCAAGCACUCCUGAAGAAAAAUAUCCAAUACACUAAAUAGGUACUAUAGUAAUUUUUAGACAUGGUACCCAUUGAUAAUGCAUUUAGACCUUUUACUGCUGUGUUAUGUUGAUAACAUAUAUAAAUAUUAGAUAAUGCUAAUGCUUCUGCUGCUGUCUUUUCUGUAAUAUUCUCUUUCAUGCUGAAUUUACUAUGACCAUUUAUAAACAAUGCAGUUAACUACAGAUAGCAUUUCAGGACAAAAUAGAUGACUCGAACCAUUUAUUGCUUACAAAAUAGCUUAUGCCAUGCUAUGCUAUAAGCAGCUUUUAUGCACACUGACAAAUGAAGAGUAAGCUUCAGCUUGCUAAGGGAAACUGGAAACUUUUGUAACUUUUGGUGAAAUGGAUAAUUAUUUACAAACUGUCAAAGAAUAUGAUGACGUUGCUGUAUGACAUAGUGCUGGCACUGAUACUACCCAUCAUCUUGUUUUUGACAUUCAUGUAAAUGUGAUUGGAUUGUAUGAAAGAAGAUUUAAAGAUUUAAAGUUUCAAAGUUUUUUGUUUUGUUUUUGAAUUGCUUUUGGAGAAAAUAUUGAAAGCAGAGCAUGUGGUUCCAUUCACUUUGGAAAAACAUUAAGGAAAUUAUAUUGAUAAAUAGCCUGUUAAAAGAUUCAAGACGGAAACAUGAAUUUUGUUUAGUCUAUGGGUAUUACAGAGGAAUAAUUUUUUUAUUUCAGAUUCUAUAACAAAAUGUUAAAAAAAAAAUUCUAACCACAAAACCAAAAUAAAUCUGUAAGAGCAUUUCACUAAAAGCAUGGGAAAGAUUGUUUAAAGAUGACCCCUCAUAUACCUGUUUUCCAAUACCACAACUUAAUUUUCUAAUCCCAGUUAUUGGCAACACCCCCAUACCACAACCAUUCUAUUCACAUUUAAUCCUCUUAAACCUGUUAUAUUUUCAACAUAUGUAUUUAACAUAUGUGAUUCAGUGUUCUACUGUAUAUCAUAUGUCAUCAGGCUCGUUGUGGGCUAAUAAUAGUAACUAUGCCUUAAGAAUCAGGACUUUUGUUUACGCUUUCACUAGUUCAUGUGGCCAUUACAGCACUUAAAAACAGAUUUUAAAAUAUUCAGCUAAUGUUUUAUUAGAAAUAGAGAUAUUUGGAUAAGUUGAAGGAACAAAAUUUAAGUGGUCAUUAAAACAGGGUCUAAAAUGAAAAUUAUAUUGGGGAAUCUUCCUUUUUUUU